AUGGCUGCAAUAAUGAGUAAGGGUGAUGUGGUGGCCAUUUUCUGCGAUGCUCCGCAGGAGCAUGAGCUAGCAACAAGGCUCAAGCAGUUAGCCACGUUUCCAUUUAGGAUUUUUCCGGUGCUUAAUGGACCAUCUAUGUACAGCGCCGUGCGAGCCUUCUGCGCCUCGCGCAAUUCAUACCGAUGCGCCUUAAAUCUGUGUACCGGAAGCACCGAAGAUGAGGAUCGGGCCAGUCAGGCGUUGCUGGCUUCAGUGCUUGACCACCUUGGCGUUGCCUACGCUGGGUGCCGUCACAUGACGCUGAAGCAGCCACUGGAAGUUCUUUUUAUGAUGUGUUUUUAUGCCGGACUGCCACUGCCCCCAUUCUCUGUGGUGACCUCAGAGAAUGAUAUUGAGCACCUUAGUUUGCGAUUGCCGGUGAAAGUAAAGACUGGGAGCCCCCUUCAACGUGUAUUUCAGUCGGUCGUAACGGAUCUGCCAACCCUGCAAAGGGUGCUGCGUGAAGUUCUACAGUGCCACGACAAAGUCCUCGUAUGGGAAGUAAACGCCACGAAGAGUAGGGAGCUACAGACUUUGGUAUCGGGAUCCGGUUGCGUUGCCAUAACACAGGAGGGCCACAAAAACGAUCUGUGGCUUCAGCAAUGCACCCCUUCCAUACAAAGCUACGCCACAUCUUUUGCUAAAUUUGUAAUAAAUAAGUACGGCUUUGCGAAGCUGUGCUUUAACCAAAGCCCGUAUUCGGACCAGCUACUUCUGGAGGAUGUGGAACUUGGCUGCUCCCUAGUUGACUUGGACACCGAACUUCUCAUGGCCGCCGCCGAAGAGGGGCUCUUGGAGGAAUGCGUCCGUGAGGGAGAGCAGGGUUGUAAAAGGCCGGUUAUGGAGGUGCGAUACGGCGGCAACAACGGGGGCUAUCUUCUGUGCGCCACCAAAGACAUCAAGAGAGGCGAACUCGUCUUUGAGGACGAGGGACGUAGUUUUGCCAUUGUCACACGACCUUUUGUGGAGAAACACUGGGGGGAGGAGGAAAAAGUUACUUUUUCAGAGUACGCGUGGCCGCUCGACGUCGACGGUCAUGUGUACGCAAUUUGGGAGAACGACCCUAGCAGCUGGCGUCCCAUCAACCACUCCUGCAAUCCAAACUGCAUCUUUGGCGAGGAACAUUCACUGAACGUUAUUGCCUCCCGCGACAUCAAGAAGGAUGAGGAGCUCACCAUCGACUACUCAACGUUCUGCGACUACACGAUGAAGCCCUUUCCCUGCUCUUGCGCGUCGGAGUGUUGCCGUGGAAUGAUAGUUCCGGAUGAGGCGGCACUGCGCAAGUACGGCACGAACACGUGGCACCGACGACCUCCUCUCCCUCCGUCCAAAACUGAUUGA